AUGGCAACCGAGAGCAAAGAUGACACUUCACGUCCCGUCGAUCUUUCUAGCGCCGCGCGACCAAAUAGAAUUGAGCAGGUCCCCAUCUUGCUGAAAGAUAUCACAGAAAGCGUCAACAGUCUAACUAAAGGAACUGACGAGGACCGCAAAGAUGUACUGGUCAAGUGUCGUGCUUUGGUUCAAGCUGUACAGACCCCACGAGAGACGAUGGUUGAUCACUGCUGGGGACAAAUGGGUGCGAUCGCUGCUGUAGGGUUUGGCGUGGACUCGGGACUAUGGGUGUUGAUGGCCCAGAACGGCGAUAAAACCCAGAAGGUUGUCGACUUGGCCAUGAGCCUUGGGGUGGAUGCUAGGCUCCUGAGUCGUUUAAUGCGACACCUUGGUGCUAUGGGGCUCCUCGUCGAGGUCGGCGAGGAUGAAUACCGACCCACAAAUUAUACCAGAUGCCUGAGCCUUCCUCAGAUUGGACAUGGAUAUCUUGGUCUCACCGCAUGCACCGGCGCAGGUACCUUGAAAUUCCACGAAUUCUCCCGGAAGCGGGGCUGGGUAAAUCCUCUUGACCCAAAGGACACCUCUCUCAUGUAUGCCUAUGGUACCAACAAGCACAUAUUCAACUGGGUGCAGGAUUCGGGAUAUGGCACACACCUGAAUGACUACCUUGGUGGCUACGGUGUGGGUCGUCCGCUUUGGAUGGACCCUGCUGUCUACCCCGUGAAGGAGAGACUCAUCAAUGAUGCCAAUCCUAGCCCGGAUGCGCCUUUCCUUGUGGACAUAGGGGGCAAUGUCGGUCAUGACUUGGCCAGGUUCCAUAGCCGUUAUCCCGAUGCUCCCGGGAAGUUGAUCCUCCAAGACUUGCCUAUGAUGAUUCGCCAAAUCAAAGAUCUUGAUCCAGCUAUCGUCCGUAUGGAAUAUGACUUCCAUAAUGAACAGCCUAUUAAAGGUAGAGUUGUGCCCCUCUCCUCCUUUUCCCUCCCGCAGUUUCAUUUUAACCCAAUUUUACUUAUUAUAUCUAUAGGUGCUAGAGCCUAUUAUAUACACUCAACUCUGCACAAUUGGUCGGACGAUGUCUGUGAAACCAUACUCACGCGAGUAAAAGAGGCCAUGAAGCCUGGGUAUAGUAGACUACUAAUCAAUGAAUUCGUCGUGCCGCAGAUUGGGGCUCACUGGGAGACUACUGGACUUGAUAUGUUGAUGCUGACCCUAUUCUCUUCCGAACAGCGGACCAAUAAGGCAUGGUACGAUUUGGUUGAGAGGAGAGUGGGUCUGAAGAUUGUUAAAAUCUGGAGCUCCGGCAAGGGAGUGGAAAGCGUGAUUGAGUGCGAGCUAGCCUAG